AUCCAUGAUUAUUUUGUACGAGUUCAAAAUGGAUACCGCGGAUUGGUGAUUGGGUCGAUCUUCUCGGGUCAACAAUUGCACCUUUUUUUUUCGGACGAGGAUGUGAUAUUUUUUUUUUUCCUUCGCCAACAAAGUAUAAAAACCUGAGAUUCAACAAGAGCGGGAAUGGUCAUUCCUUUUUGUCCUUCCUUUUAGAAAUCCCAAAAAGCCGAAAAAAUGAAGUCGAUUGUUGCUGCCAUUGCUGCUCUUGCUCUUGCUGUUGUGUCCGCUCAGGAAAUGAUUGUUCACAUCACCGCCCCCCUUGCCGGUCAGGUUUACACAGCUGGUCAAAAGGCUCACAUCGCCUGGAUUGACCCCAAAGUCGAUACCAUUCCCGUUAUCAAGCUUGCCCGCGGUGAUCCCAAGGCUUUGACCCAAUUGCAGGACAUUGGCACCAACGUGCCUACUGCCGCCGGCGGAUACGACUGGACCAUCCCCGCCGAUAUCGAACCCGGUAAUGACUACGCUUUCGAAUUGGGCAACUCUCCCAACGUCGCAUACACUGGUCAGUUCACUAUCAAGGCUGGUGAUGGUGCUGCCGGCAACUCGACCGCUUCUGGCUCUGGCUCCAGCUCUGCUGCCGUCGCCAGCUCCACUGCUCCUGCUACCACCAAGAGCGCUGCUCCUUCGGAUGUUUCUUCUGCUGCCAGCACUCCUGCUGCUUCCAGCGCUUCCCCCGCUGCCUCUGGUGCCGGUUCUUCCGGUGCUGCCGGCGAUAAGAGCACUGAUAAGGCUGGUUCCGGUUCUGCUUCCACCACCCCUUCCACUGCUCCUGAUGCCAACAAGGACAGCGCUGCCGGUAAGACUACCGCUACUUUCGGUGCCCUUGCUGUCGCUGGUGUCGCUGCCAUGGCCUUGAUGUAAAAUACUUUACUGUUUUUUUUAUUGUCUCACUUUUUUAAUUCUAUUUCAAACCAAACUUCCAAAAACCGCACACGAUUUGGAAAUUAUUUGCCGAUCUUUUUUUCUUUUUCCCUCUGAAUCUUAAUGUCAUGACCAAAUAAAACACCUAUUUAUAAAGCAUCGCACUUAUGGCUUCUGAUGAUGGAGCAAACUACGGUUGGGAAUUAUGAUUUGAGGGUGGGCAUGGAGAAAUGGGUGAAUGGACAGGUCAUUGUGGAUGGUUUAUCAUUUGGUUGGUUACGGUGGUAGCAUUGGUGAGACGUUGUGAACUUGACGAUCGUUGGCAAUAGCAAUUGACAACGAGCUAGCGUUGUCUGUAUAUGGAAACCAUGAGGUCCUGUGGUCGCUGUUUAUUUUAACGAUUUUUUUUUUCGGCCG